AGUUAGUUCACAUUAUAAGUUUUUGAGUUUUUCUUAAUUCUACCCUAAAGUUUCGUUUUGAUCAAUUUCACCCCCUUCUUUGUUCAUCCUCUGUCUUUGUCUUUCAAAAGUGUUUCUUGAUUUCAUCAAUGGCGGCCAUAGACAUGUUCUCAAGCAACAAAGAUCUCUAUUUCAGACCUCUCAUAGAAACUGCUCCAAUUUCUUUCCAUGAAUCCAACGCAAGCUCUGGUUUUAACCAACCUAAGCCUCUCGGUUUAAACCAGCUCACACAAUACCAAAUUCACCAGAUUCAGAACCAACUUAACCAUAGACACAGCACAAUCUCAAACCGAAUCCGAACGAAGAGCUUCUCACCUUCUUCCAAAACCAAGAAUCUCUACAGAGGCGUAAGGCAAAGGCACUGGGGAAAAUGGGUCGCUGAGAUCCGUUUACCCAAGAACCGAACCCGUCUCUGGCUAGGAACGUUCGAAACCGCCGAAAAAGCCGCCUUGGCUUACGACCGAGCCGCUUUUCAGCUCCGUGGAGAUAUCUCGAAGCUUAACUUCCCGAACCUCAGACACGAAGACGUUAAUCCUCUCCCUUCCUCUGUCGAUGCCAAGCUCCAAGCUAUUUGCAAGAGUUUGAGAAAAACAGAGGAUCAAACAGAGGAGACUUGCUGUGUUUCAGAUAAAACAGAGUUUUUCCUACCAAAAACAGAGUUUGUCCUGCCAAAAACAGAGUAUUUCGACACAAAGGAGUUCUCCGAUGUGUCACCAAGAACCGAUGAGAACUCGAAUUCGAAUAUGGCAUUCCUGGAUUUCUGGGACUCGGAGUUUGAAAAGACAGGGAGCUUCGGGCUGGUGAAGUUUCCUUCGGUGGAGAUUGAUUGGGAUGCAAUUAGCAAACUGUCUGAUUCUUAAAGUCUGUUAUUUUUCUUCUGCAACUAAAUUUUUUAACAAGUAGCAGAGGAUUUGGUAACACAUUAGUGAACCGAAAUUAGGAAUUUAGCAUGCUGAUUGCUGCAUGCAUAAGAAAUAAGAUUAACAUUCAAACAG